CCCCGCCCACUCCGCUGGAGCUCGGCUCGCAGGCUGCAGCCGCGCCGCGCACCAUGGCCGGGCUGCUGGGGCUGCUGGGCCGGGCCGGCGGGGCGGGCGUCCGGCUCCGUUCUGGCGCCACCUGGCUCCUGGGCGCCGCCACCCCCUGCGCCCCGCCGCCCCUGGCCCUGGCCCAGUUCCGACCCGGCCCAGACGUGCGGCUACUCCGCACGGCUCGCAGAGACUUCCGGAGCCACCAGGAGCCCAGCAGAAUCACCGAGACGGCGGGCAGCAAGGCCAGCAGCACAGAGAGCAAGCAGAGCAAGACCCAGCAGCUGAGAAAGGUGUUCCAAGAGUACGGGGCGGUGGCCGUGUCCCUGCACAUUGGAAUCUCAUUAAUCUCCCUGGGCCUCUUUUACACGGUGGUUUCAAGUGGCGUGGACAUGUCUGCCGUCCUGCUCAAACUCGGGUUUAAAGAGUCACUGGUGCAGUCAAAAAUGGCAGCAGGCACCAGCACCUUCGUGGUGGCCUACGCGAUCCACAAGCUGUUUGCGCCCGUGCGAAUCAGCAUCACCUUAGUCUCUGUGCCCUUCCUGGUCAGAUAUUUUCGGAAAGUGGGACUUUUUAAACCUCCAGCUGCAAAACCUUGAUGAGUCCUUCAAUGGCAGGCACUGAAGACCUAGUUUUAGACUAUUACAAAUAGGACUGACCUCGGAUUGUGGGUUUUUCUGAGCAGAAGCAGGGAGCUAAUUGCUGUGUUCUCAUGGAUAAAGUUUACCUUCACCACCAAAAGUCAGGCUUUUGAAUAAUUUGGGACUUUCUAAAUUUUGCGAAUGCUAUUCGUCAUAGGGCCGUGCAGGUCAUCUGUGAUGCUGACAUCACAGAUGACCUGCAUGGCCCACAGAUGCUCUCUGCAAAAGCCCCCGGGGGUUCCUCAAGCUCAGGUUCUGUAAAAACAGUGAUUGAUUUAGAUGGCUUUUAAAAUUCCCUUUCCACUGAUUGGUUGUCAGCAGCCGGCAGUUUAAUAUUCGGUAUUCUGCAAAAGAGCUUCCAGGGCUACAAUUAACCAAGCAAGAAUGAACAACAUACGAUCAUAAUCUAAAUUAGCAUCGGCCCUCUGAUAUUCAUUACACUUGUUCUGGGAAAAGAAAACAAUUCGGGUGUGUUUCACUGAUUCCGUAACACUGUCAAGGCUGGGCAGCUUUGAGUUUGAUGGAUUUCCUGAAAUUCCAUUAAAGUAGGUCAGGUCAUUUGUCCCUGUUUCCAUGAGCUACGAUCCCUUGCCCAAUAGUAAUGGUACAUGUAGCUCCUGAUGCUCCGCCCACCCUUCAGACUUUGGAGACCACACCUAUGAGAUGCUAAGAUAGUCUUAUCCCUUCUUAGACAAUCUUUCUUUAAUUCUUACUUUAAAACUUCAGACAUUCCAGGAUUGUCACAAUGUUUACAUUGUGUCACUACUUACAUAUAUUUUUACACUGAACUAAAAUUAGAUACAUGAAAGAUUUGUACUGCUUCCCAGAAAAGAAAGAUUAGUAGCACUUGUUAUAAAUGGAGAUGAAAUAUUUAUACCAGCUGGUAAGGAAAGGAGCUGGUGGGGAUUAACCCACGAGCCAGUUUACCCAACAAAGCGCAAGUGUGUUAGGGAGAUUAGAAUUCACGCAGAGACCUAAACUUAGGACUUCCUGCUCCCAGCAGUGGGGUAAGACUUUUCUCUGGGCUUUUAUACUCUGGGGAUGUUUUACUAAGUGUGCCCUACAGAAUGGUUGAGGGGAUUGUGGUUAUCUUCCCGGCUUGCAAUUCCAUCUUUAAAGAUUAUUUCUGUGACAAUUAGAAAGCUAAGGAAACCAUUAACUAUUGGAGUUACUGAGCUCUGGCAGUAGACAGUCCCCUAGUUAAACCCUAAUGACCCCAGUUAACACAUAAAAGGAUCUUUGUGGGACAAAUUCUCCACUGUAAGACUACUUUAAUGUGGAACUUUUUUUUUUCCUUUUAAAGCCAUUGGCAUAUUGUCAAAGCUGGAACUUCUUUCUAGGAUCUAAUUCCCAGAGUUCUCCAGAGUCGUUCCAUAUGCCUGACGACACUAGUUAUAUCUUUUUCUAUGGAUGAGAGAGAGCUUUCUCUUCUCGUCUCACGUGUGUUCCCUUUGGGGCCCUGUUCCCCAUCCGUACCAGUGCAAAAUGCCUAUGCAAAAAAAACUGAUUGAAAGCCCCAAAGCUCAGGGCUGAAAUCUCAGUCUCCGUGUGUCAGUGAUGGGCAUGGACUGCAGGGUGAGCAAUAAAACAAAUCACACCAAAUAGCCAUGUCCCUGUGUUCUAGCCCCAACCCCACUCCACUCCUGAGGCCAGUGGCCAAAACAGGAAAGGAAAAAAACCAAGAGGAUAAGGUCAAAGGAUCAGGGAACUAAAGUGUUAUGUGAAUUCACCAGCAAGAUAUACAGACUGCUUGUAUUUACAUUGUUUUUAAUGGAUCUAGGGUGUGAUCUAUUUUAAAAAUGUAAACCAGUUUGCCUCUAAUUUUUUAAUCUGACAAGGUGAGCAGUUUAAGUGAAACAAACAUCUUUAUAAAGUUUGUGAAGUUUCUCUUUCUCA